CGCAGUUUUUCUCCUCUGGGAGGGACGCUGGGGCCUUGGCUGACUUUCCUUUGAGAACUGCGGGGAGUAGGGGGAGGCGCGGGAGGCAGAAGAAAAGGAAGCCGUUUGCGCGGAAGUCCCAAAGGGGCAUAUUUGUGGGAGAAAUUCGGGGGUAGUAGGAGAGUUUCCCAGGACUGCCUGCGCUUCAGAGGAGUAGGAUGAGCCAGGUGCCGGGAAAGCUGAAGGAGCAGGAAGAGGACGACGGUGGGGAGGAGGAAGAUGAAGAGGAGGACGAGGAGGAGGAGGAAGAAGAGAAUGAGAUCGUUGGACUAGGAGAUUAUGGAGACCGGGAUGAAUCCUUCUCAGACGGUGACGCGGAGAGUGGCGGGGAUGAGGCGUUUCUAGAUUUCAAUGAUCCCUUCAGUACUGAAGUCAAACCAAGAAUCCUGCUUAUGGGACUGAGGAGGAGUGGAAAAUCUUCCAUUCAGAAAGUUGUGUUUCAUAAGAUGUCACCAAAUGAAACUCUUUUCCUGGAGAGCACUAACAAGAUCUGCAGAGAGGAUGUUUCCAACAGCUCCUUCGUAAACUUUCAAAUAUGGGACUUUCCUGGUCAAAUUGACUUUUUUGAUCCGACCUUUGACUAUGAGAUGAUAUUCCGAGGCACUGGAGCACUGAUAUUUGUUAUUGAUUCUCAGGAUGACUAUAUGGAAGCAUUGGCUAGACUGCAUCUGACUGUGACGAGAGCAUAUAAAGUCAAUCCAGACAUAAACUUUGAAAUAUUUAUCCAUAAAGUAGAUGGUUUAUCUGAUGAUCACAAGAUUGAAACACAAAGAGACAUUCACCAGAGGACAAAUGAUGAUCUUGCAGAUGCUGGACUGGAAAAAAUCCACUUGAGCUUUUAUUUAACAAGUAUAUACGACCAUUCUAUAUUUGAAGCAUUUAGCAAAGUGGUACAGAAACUGAUCCCCCAGCUUCCAACAUUGGAGAAUCUGCUUAACAUCUUUAUUUCGAAUUCUGGGAUUGAGAAAGCUUUUCUCUUUGAUGUGGUCAGUAAAAUUUAUAUUGCAACAGACAGUACCCCAGUGGACAUGCAGACUUAUGAGCUCAGCUGUGAUAUGAUAGAUGUUGUUAUUGACAUUUCCUGCAUCUAUGGGCUGAAAGAAGAUGGUGGAGGAACCCCAUAUGACAAAGAAUCAACAGCAAUAAUAAAACUAAACAAUACUACUGUCCUGUAUUUAAAGGAAGUGACAAAGUUCCUCGCUCUUGUUUGUUUUGUCAGAGAAGAAAGCUUUGAGAGGAAAGGACUGAUAGACUACAACUUCCAUUGUUUCCGAAAGGCUAUACAUGAAGUAUUUGAAGUAAGAAUGAAAGUAGUGAAGGCACGGAAGAAUCAGAACCAGGUGCAGAAGGUCAAGAGGGCCACUACUAACGGCACACCUCGGGUGCCACUCUAGCUGGUCUCCUUAUGUCACUUGUAAGGCUUCUUGCUUCCGGUAAUGAUGCCAUCAGGUUCCACAGCCAGAGGAAGAUUGGGACUGAUGUUCUCUGAACAUGGAUUUUUAUGCACUAUCCCCCAAAUUGUAUCUCCUGUCUAGUUGUUCCUAUUAAGAAAUAUCUGACAGAGCUCUGUGCAUUCUUUUCAUGUUUCAUAAUGGAAUCGGACUGUUGAUGAACUAAGGUGUGUUAUUUUCAAAGCCACUUUUGUGUAUUUGGUUGGGUAGAAUAUGUACAGUCAUUUCUCUAUAUGCUGCAUACAAAUGAUUAAACAAUCACAACAUAAUAAGAUGACUUUUUACAAACUUGAGAGAGUUAAUAUUCAUGCCAUACAUAUAUAUAUAUAUAUUU